AGGUAACAGUGCGCAUGCGCCUUCAGCGCCCCUCCCUCUCUACCCCCCAUCAACCCCCGGCUUGUUUCUCCUUCUCACCCAUCACUUCCCCUGGAACUGACACCCAUUUCUCCAGUCCCCCCAGUCUCAGCUUUGGUCUCCAGCCCCGUCUGCCCAAGGAUUUGCCUGAAGGCUGUCCCGCUGAGGGUCACCGAGGAUAAUGACUAAGACAGAUCCUACCCCUAUGGCUCCCCCGCUCCUGGACAAGGAGGAAGAAGAGGAUGCGGAGGAUGAGGAGGUUCCCCAGGUCCCCAGCCCCACCCAGGAGCGCCGACAGAAGCCUGUUGUGCAUCCCUCAGCACCUGCCCCCCUUCCCAAGGACUACGCUUUCACCUUCUUCGACCCCAAUGACCCGGCGUGCCAGGAGAUUCUGGUUGACCCACAGACUACCAUCCCUGAGCUGUUUGCCAUUGUGCGCCAGUGGGUACCCCAAGUACAGCACAAGAUUGAUGUCAUUGGCAAUGAGAUUCUGCGUCGAGGCUGCCAUGUGAAUGAUCGUGAUGGGCUGACCGACAUGACUCUGCUUCAUUAUGCCUGCAAGGCUGGGGCCCAUGGAGUCGGAGACCCCGCUGCAGCAGUGCGCCUCUCACAGCAGCUGCUGGCGCUGGGCGCAGACGUGACCCUGCGCAGCCGUUGGACCAACAUGAACGCGCUGCACUAUGCAGCCUAUUUUGAUGUGCCCGACCUCGUGCGUGUGCUGCUGAAGGGUGCUCGGCCUCGAGUGGUGAACUCCACAUGCAGUGAUUUCAACCAUGGCUCAGCUCUACACAUCGCCGCCUCUAACCUGUGCCUGGGUGCAGCCAAAUGUUUGCUGGAGCACGGUGCCAACCCUGCGCUGCGGAACCGAAAGGGACAGGUGCCAGCGGAGGUCGUCCCAGACCCCAUGGACAUGUCCCUGGACAAGGCAGAGGCAGCACUGGUGGCCAAGGAGCUACGGACACUGCUGGAGGAGGCCGUGCCACUCUCCUGCGCCCUCCCCAAGGUCACGUUACCCAACUAUGACAACGUCCCAGGCAAUCUCAUGCUCAGCACAUUGGGCCUGCGCCUGGGAGACCGCGUGCUGCUGGAUGGCCAGAAGACAGGCACACUGCGGUUCUGCGGGACCACCGAGUUCGCCAGCGGCCAGUGGGUGGGCGUGGAGCUGGACGAACCUGAGGGCAAGAACGAUGGCAGUGUUGGUGGUGUCCGGUACUUCAUCUGCCCUCCCAAGCAGGGUCUCUUUGCCUCUGUGUCCAAGAUCUCCAAAGCAGUGGACGCACCUCCUUCAUCUGUCACCUCCACACCUCGCACUCCCCGGAUGGACUUCUCCCGUGUUACUGGCAAAGGCCGAAGGGAACACAAAGGCAAGAAGAAGCCCCCAUCAUCUUCAUCUCUGGGUAACCUGCAGCAGCGAGAGGGAGCCAAGGCUGCGGUUGGAGACCAAGUCCUUGUAGCAGGCCAGAAGCAAGGGGUUGUGCGCUUCUACGGGAAGACAGACUUUGCCCCAGGUUACUGGUAUGGAAUUGAGCUAGACCAGCCCACGGGCAAGCAUGAUGGCUCCGUCUUUGGUGUCGGAUACUUCACCUGCCCCCCAAAGCAUGGAGUCUUUGCACCAGCAUCCCGAAUUCAGAGGAUUGGUGGAUCCACUGACCCCUCUGGGGACAAUGUCGGAGCCAAAAAAGUACAUCAAGUGACAAUGACGCAGCCCAAACGCACCUUUACUACAGUCCGGACUCCAAAGGACAUCGCAUCAGAGAACUCAAUCUCCAGAUUGCUCUUCUGCUGCUGGUUUCCUUGGAUGCUGAGGGCGGAGAUGCAGUCCUAGAGACCCUGGAUAUCUGACAAAGAGACAGCCCCUCCAGCAUCUCCUGACACAGGGAGCCCCCAAGUCACCCUGAGAUAGAUAUUCCUAGUAACACAUCCAGAAUAGAGAUCCCCAUUAGCCAACCCUUAUUAAUCACUGAGGCUCUAUCAUUAACAGAUUCCCCCAUGAUAAAUGCCCAAAUACAGAUCCCAUGUUACCCAGAAAGAUUUCCUGAGUGUAGCUCCUUCAGGCUAGUCCCUAUCCUUAACCAUUCAGAGCAGUACUCCCAAUAACAGAUUUCCACAUCACCCCAAAUGGUGAGCUUCUCCACAUAAUGCUCCACAACAGAACAUUCCUCAGUCACUCAUCCCAGAACCUUCCCCCAUUAAAAAAGACCCCAUCAAAUCCCCUUGAAAUAAACACAAGUCACGCCUCCAGAGCUGCAGUUACAGACCUUUAUGUCACUAUGCUACAUUUAACAUCAGUCCCCUCAAGAUGUAAUUACCUAUAGUUACCUGAAAACUCUUAUACUGCAAUUAGAGACUCCCUCCAUUUACAAAGACCCCUGCUCUUACUCCUGAAGAAGAGACACUGACAUCUCCAAUUUACAGUUACAAUAGUCCUGGAACUACGAAUUACAGAACCCCCAAGUGUUCCUAUCCUCUUCACCCUCAAGAAUCCCCCAGUGCCUUGUAUGAAGCCCACCCAACAUGGCCCCAGUGCCUUGUAUGAAGCCCACCCAACAUGGCCCACAGCCACCCAACAUGUAUGAAGGCCAGAUUCCCAGAAAAUUCUCUAUUUUUAAAGUAAUGACUUUCCCUAUUGGGGGACCCAAAAAUUUGGAGCCCCUAUUUUGAAACUGGGGAUCCUAAAUUUUCCUGUGCUCCCAAGUCCUACAGCCUCUGGAAUAACCCUAAGCCCUAGUUUCCAGGACCCCCAAACCAUGGGAUCCCCAAAUUCCUAGGGAGUCCUAAAUGUAAAAAUCCAAUCCCAAGCCCCCAGGAAACCUUAAUCAUGGAAGUCCUUGUGCCUGGAAUGAAGGAGACUACAGUCAGGACAUGUAUCCCAGGCUACCAUGGCACCUUAAGCUCUAUUCAUAGGCAUCAGGAGAUUCCAAAUAGGAAUGCUCAUCCUUGAAAACUAGAGGAUUUCAAUGCCCUGAGUCAUAGAUCUCAAGACACCCAAAUCCCGAGUCCCAGCCCAGUCCCAGCCCCAAAGAACCCCAAAUCAUACAUGAAGGGCACCCCAAGGCCUUGAGGGGAUCCCAAAUCCUGGAGCCCCCAUUUCAACCCACCUUCUGGUCAUAGGUCCAAAACACCAAAUCUGAGUCACUGACCCAAAUGACCUCACAGCACCCAGGCCAGACUAACAGCGUGAAGGAGACCCUGAGAGCUCAGAGUCCAGGACAGACCUGGGGGCCAUACUACCAAGGACAGCUCAGACUACCCCUUAACUGCAUGUCCCAGAACUCAGCAUGACCCCUCCGCCCUCUUCAAUAAAGACGUUUCUAUGGC